AUGUCUAGAACACAAGCAGCCCCUGGCACAUUCACUCGGCUGGCUCUCCCCAACAAAAACCGACGAACGCCCAACAAAGAGAUCGUGGCGGCGUUGUGGUUCUUGAGCGCCAAGUUCUGCUCACGGCUUGGCUGGUUCAGAACGAAACAUAACGCCGUGCACUGCUUUUCGUUACCUAGUGUGAUUUCUAGCCCGACGGCAUCCUCGGAGGAACGUCGGUUGGCUCUGGGCACAUCAACACGCAUGCCCGACUUUGGUAGUUUCAGAAGAGCGACCAAAUGUGGCUCGAUAGCAAUCCAAAAACGGCGAUGCCGUCGGCUCUUACGUCUGUCAAAUUGACAAACGCGUCGAAUCGGUCCCGCGCGAAACUUGCUGUAUCCAAAGUCGCGCCUUUGAGCAACGAGGAUUGACGGUCUUGGAGGGAUCCGAGGUAGGAGCUGGCGUCUUCGCAAAUGCGAAGACAUUGGUUGGUCACAUCUCUCUCAUUCAAAAGCUAGAUCAGAGCCGAGAGAAAAUCGUAGCAACGAUACACCACCUUCAAAACCUUCUCAGUUCAACAAUGUCGAAUGAGGGCCCCGAGCGUGACGAACAAAGGCUACGAGUGCAGGAGGAUAUCCACGCCUCCAAGCAGUGUUUGGAAGUCUGCAAACUGGCAUCCAAGCAAUUCUCUCGUCAGAAGAUACAUAUCGUUGGAGAAGUAGUUGCUGACGAUGACACCGAUCAAGUGGUUGUUACAACUCUUGCCGAUCUUUUUGACGUUGGCAAGGUAUUGGCUAAAAGCGGUUCUGCACAACUAGUCGGCUCAAUGACGGAUGAUACGCUGCAAAAACUGACAGCAGAUCGGUAUAGCAGUCGUUUUGGCACCGCAUCCAACUAUCCUGGCCGUGCACAAGUUCGCAGCACUGCCUUGCCAGCAAGUUGUACGAGCCAAGACGGCGACAACCAUACUCCAUACCUAUCGAACAAGGACAGACAAUCCCCAGAUGCGCAUUUGAAGUCUGCCAGACCAUCCCCUAAUGAGGUUAGAAAACGGGCUGCCGAAGGCGGUGGUGCAUACCCGGUGUGA